AUGGCCGAACCCACCGACACGUCGCGAGACACCACCGCCCCCGUCCGCGAAGACCCCUCGCGCGCGAAUCCGCCUAAGUCCCCGCCGACGCAUUCGCCGCACCCGCUCCAGGCCGCCGCCGUCAUCACGUCCCUUGAAUCCCGCCUCGCAGAAUCGGAAGCCCUGCGCCGCGACUCGGAGACACGCAUCCGCAAAUUGGAGCAGAUGGUGGAACGAUUGAUGAGAGAAUCCACCGCACCUGCUGGGGCGCAGGUCGGGGAGGCUCUGCCGGUGAGACCGGUCCCCCUGGACGUCCCCCCGCACACAUUUUUGGGACGCCCGGGAGCUGCCGCUGACCCCCUUGCUCGUACCCCUGGGGGGGAAUCUCACAGCGGAAUUAGGGACGGCCCUUCCUCGGCGGUGAUUAGCUCUCGUUGGAGAGGGACAUUGCCGGACCGGGAAGGGUUAUGGACCGGAGAUCAUCCGGAAAGGUUGGUGAUUUUCACUGCGUUUGGGGAGUCGUAUCUUUCUCUCUUGUGCGACAUCUCCACCUCCGACCUUUUCGACACGAGCCGAGUGAUCCAGCUUGUGGCGACGCUAUUUUUUCGUACGACAACCCGACAGCGCCGCCAAUCCCCGCUCGAUUGGGCCGUCGAGGCGAUGAGGGACGCGCUUGGAGAAGGGCGCCCUCAUUGUUGGACGUCGCUCAUGAAGGCAGUGGGACGUCGUUGGCCCGACCCCGGGUUCGCCGAUAGAGUGGCUCAAGACUUCCACGGAUGUCGCCAGUCGUCGUCUCGGGCUUACGACCAUGUCGGGGAGUGGCGGGCGCGGUACCGUGCCUUCGUGCACGACAACGAUAGUUUCACCCUGUCGCCGCUUCAGCUCGCCACGACCUUCUACCAAUCGCUCAGUGACUCCUCCAAGCGGGAAGUGCGGGCGGGAAUGUUACGUGAAUACCACGACAACUCGCUGGUGACAAUUGGGCGAUUCGGACUGAAGGUCCCGUCCAUCGACGAGAUUACCGAGUGGGCCGCUAUCGCCGACGACAUUUCUCCUCCGCCUUCGGUUCCGACCCCACCAAGCCGCACCGCGACCUAUGGCGCGAUCGUCAAAGCUCCCCGAGUGAGCCCACCUGCGACCAACACGCCCACCGUCGACGAGAGGUUCCCGAUCCGACGAGCUCGAUGGGUCGACCGCGCUACUAAGUGGCAGCAAUCGCACUUGUGGAAGGACCGCUCCACCUGGUUUUCCCCGGCGCCCAGCGGGGUACCCACCAGCAUGGCUUGCUUCAACUGCGGACGAGGCGGUCAUUUCUCGCAGCACUGCACCGCGGAGCGUCAAUCCCCGGUCGCCGUCCAACUCUCAGCGGUCGCUGUGGCCGACUUGGAUGACGAAGAUUGGUCCUCGGUCGCAGGUGGUGACGAGGAUCCCGAGGUGAGAGUCCCCAUUUCACUCGAGCGUGUUCAGACUCGACCUUUGAGUUCCGUUUCCGCUUCAAUGACGCGCCCUUCUUGCCCUCCCGCAGACCCCGUUGGCCGAAUGAAAGAAGGGGCUUCUUCUUCAGUCGACGUCGAAGUCUCAUCAAGUAAUCCGCAGCCAACCGCGCCGGCAAGUGAUGCAGAUCUACGUCGUCUUGCCGAUGACUCGACCGACUCUGCGUUUGACGCGGUGGAAGACGUCCCCUCUUAUGCUGAUGCCGCGUCGCGAAUGCGGCGAUACUGGGGGCCGGAGGUGGUGUCGUCGCGCAAAGCGGAGAGGACUGCAUCGGUGAGCUCUGUUCGUGUUCCGGUGCCGUUGGGGGUUUCUCUCUUGGAGUCCGACACGCCCCUGAUCGACGUCGACGACUUCGCCCGACCCGCCGAGCCCGCGAUUGUGCGCGCCCGCAAUAUUAUUGCGUGGACGUUGCCGUCUGGGCGAACGCUGCGUUGCCUCGUCGACUCUGGUUCGGAAGUGGACUUGGUGGAUCAGGAUGUCGUGCGAACAGACCCGAGUUUCACGACGUCCCGCCUUACCGCGCCGCUGCACUUGCGCCUCGGCACUCGCGACAAAUCUGACCGCUGCGCCGUGUUUGCCAACGCCCUCUUCACGUCCGGUUCCCUCGACCUCGGCUUGCGGGCGUUUUUCAUUUGCCGUGUGACGGCAUAUGAUGCUAUCCUGGGUUUGCCGUUUCUGAAGGACACCGGCAUGCUGGUAGGCUGGGGCGUCUUCACCGUCGCACGGCCGGGCCCUUCGCAGCCGGUCGCCAAGGGCACUCACGAGUGGGAUCGCGCAGUCACGGUGGCGCCCAUCUGCUCCGGCUCUGCCAUUGGCUACGAUCACCCAGGGUUGCUUCCUGACGACGAGAUCAUUGGCCUCGAGCCGCACAACCCUCUACUGGAUGUCGUCGACGACCCGGCGCUCGAGGAUUUGUCUGAGUCCGAAGCACGAACACGAUUGGCUGCCUUACUCGAGAAAUACUCUGAUGUGUUCGUAGAUUCGCUCCCAAUGGACCGACUCCCGCCUUAUCGACCCGUCAAUCACGAAAUCCCUUUGAUCGACCCCAACGAGAAGGUCAAGCCGAGGGUCUAUCCCCUUGCCGACAAAUAUCGUAGCCAGUGGGCGGAGCAUUCAGCUAAGUACACUCGCGGUCGCUUCUGGGUUUCUGGUCCGAUCGACUCUGCGGCUCCGGUCUUCGCCAUUCCGAAAAAGAACUCCCAGACCGCUCGCUUUGUGAUCGACCUCCGCGCUCGCAACAGCAACACCGCCAAGCGUUUUUCACCUAUCCCCGACAUGACCAGUGUUCGCUACGAAGUGGCACGUUCGCGCUACCGGUCCAAAUUCGACGUGGCCGCAGCGUUUGAGCAGGUGCGGGUCAUACCCGAGCACGUCGAUCGCACCGGCUUCGCCACGGUCACGGGCACGUACACGUCGCGGGUGAUGCAGUUUGGGGACACCAAUGCGCCCAACACCCUGAACUUGUUGACAUCGGCGAUGUUUCAGCCGUGCCUCUCGUUUGCCAAGAUCUUUUUCGACGAUGUUCACGUUGUUGAACUUCGCUCCAUCUCACUUCUAGGACAAUAUGCGCUCACUGAAGUAGAGGUGCCUCGCCUUUUGGUGCAGUGGUAUAUUGUUCCUUCAUAG